UGGUCAGAACUGAGUCAAUAAAAAACAAGAAGUAAAGAAACAAACAAUGAACGAAAGUCUGAAACCUCCCCGCAGUUAAAAUCCUUUGCUCGUAAAAGAACAUCGAAACUGCGUUGCUUCCCAUUGUUUUAUGAUACCAAGAAUUCCUACCUAGCGAAAAACGAAUUUCAAGAAUUCCCAUUGAGUGAAAAGAAACGAAUUUUGUUCUCUAUCGCAGUUCUUGAAAUUCCACUUCCAAUGGCUGGACUGGAAGAGUUGAAGAAGAAGCUCGUGCCACUCUUUGAUGCAGAAAAAGGGUUUCCAUCUGGUUCCACAAUUGACCCAUCUGAUUCUUAUAUGUUGUCAGAUGGUGGAACAGUGAAUUUGCUUAGCAAAUCAUACAAUAUAUACAACAUCAAUGAGCUGGGACUCCAAAAAUGUAGUUCAUCUGCUUUUUCUCCGGAUGAUGGUGAGAAAACAUACAGGUGUGCUUCUCAUGAGAUGAGGAUUUUUGGGUCCAUUGGCAGUGGCGCGAGCAGUGUUGUUCAGAGGGCAAUUCAUAUCCCAAAUCACAGAAUUAUUGCCCUCAAGAAGAUUAAUAUAUUUGAAAAGGAGAAAAGACAGCAGCUUCUCACUGAAAUAAGAACGUUGUGUGAGGCACCAUGUUAUCAAGGCCUUGUUCAAUUUUAUGGUGCUUUUUAUACUCCAGACUCUGGACAGAUAAGCAUAGCUUUGGAGUACAUGGAUGGUGGAUCUUUGGCAGAUAUCAUUCGCGUACGCAAGAGUAUACCAGAACCAAUCCUUUCCGUGAUGGUGCAAAAGCUCUUGCUUGGACUAAGUUACUUGCAUGGAGUUAGACACUUAGUCCACAGAGAUAUCAAACCUGCAAAUUUGCUCGUAAAUCUCAAGGGGGAGCCGAAGAUUACAGAUUUUGGUAUAAGCGCUGGCUUAGAGGAUUCAAUGGCUAUGUGUGCAACUUUUGUUGGUACUGUUACAUACAUGUCUCCAGAGCGAAUCCGAAAUGAAAGUUACUCUUAUCCCGCCGAUAUCUGGAGCCUUGGGCUUGCACUUUUUGAAUGUGCUACAGGUGAAUUUCCGUACAGUGCUAAUGAAGGGCCUGUUAAUCUUAUGUUGCAGAUUUUGGAUGAUCCAUCCCCAUCACUGUCAAAUAAGAACUUUUCCGCAGAGUUUUGUUCUUUUGUUGAUGCUUGCCUCCAGAAAGAUCCAACUGCAAGGCCAACAGCUGAGAAGCUACUUUCACAUCCAUUUAUUGCAAAGUAUGAGGAUGCUGGUGUGGACUUGGAAGCUUUUGUCCAAAGUAUAUUUGACCCAACACAGAGGAUGAAGGAUCUGGCAGACAUGCUGACAAUACAUUACUACUUGCUUUUUGACGGAUCUGAUGAUCUUUGGCAUCACAUGAAGACUUUAUAUGAAGAGCAUUCAGUUUUCAGUUUUGGUGGGAAAGAAUCUUUUGGCCCAAAUGAUAUUUUUACAACUUUGUCAAAUAUCCGGAGGACAUUGGCUGGGGAAUGGCCUCCUGAGAAACUUGUGCAUGUCGUCGAGAAACUUCAGUGCCGUGCUCAUGGUCAAAAUGGAAUUGCAAUUCGUGUGUCCGGAUCAUUUAUUGUUGGAAAUCAGUUCUUGAUAUGUGGGGAUGGUGUACAAGUAGAGGGCUUGCCAAAUUUUAGAGACUUAUCGAUUGACAUACCGAGCAAGCGUAUGGGGACAUUCCGGGAGCAGUUUAUUGUAGAAACAUCAAAUGUUAUUGGCCGCUACUUCAUUGUCAAACAAGAACUUUACAUUGUUCAGUAAAUACGAGGCUGCAAAUGAGAAUUGUGUCUUAAGGAUAAUAAUACAACCUUGGUGAAGAUUUGCCACAUCAUCAGCUGUCUUGUUUUCAGUUAUCAGCUGCAGAGUUGCUGAAUUCGUAUCCCAACAUCAAAGCCAUGUCUGGUGAGAAUCACAAGCCUGGCCCUUGGUGGAUAAUUUGGUCUGAUGAAUCUGAUAGUCUUCUACAACUUUCUCGUUCCGUAAUUCUUCAGGACUCCACCUAAAUAAGAUAUCAGUCUCCAAUUUGACAAACAUGCAUCAAAGUCCACGAGUUUAUGCAUUGGGCUCAAGUGAUCAUGUUUCCCUCUUGGAGAAAUUCUCUUUGUUGUAUCACUAGUUAGUGAUUGAGACUAAUCAUCCUGCAAGCAGCUUCAAUAAGGUCCUUGUAAAAUGUAAAUAUGGAACUUGUAAAUUUUAACCGAGCGCAGAUGAACUGGUUUUGAAGUUAAACUUGUUCUGUCUAUAUAUAAAUAGUUGAUAUA